AUGCCUUCGGAACAAGGACACCGCCUUUACGUCAAGGGUCGCCACCUGAGCUUCCAGCGUGGCAAGCACACCCUCACCCCCAACACCAGCUUGGUCAAGAUUGAGGGUGUUGAUGACACCAAGUCCGCCAAGUUCUACCUUGGCAAGAAGGUCGCUUUCGUUUACCGUGCUAAGCGUGAGGUCCGCGGCUCCAACAUUCGGGUGAUCUGGGGCAAGGUCACCCGGCCGCACGGCAACUCCGGUGUUGUGCGCGCCAAGUUCCGCAACAACCUCCCCCCCAAGUCUCUCGGCGCUACCGUCCGCGUUAUGCUCUACCCCUCCAACAUCUAAACGGCUUCUCUGUGUUGUUUUUAGUGGGCGAUUCCCUUCUUCGCGCAGACGGUCGGUCAGGCAAGGAAAAGUCGACGGAACGAGCCGAUGUUGAUUUGAGGUGAUGGAGUUGGCGGGUUGAUAACGUUUUGUUCGUGGGAGAAGGCAGGGCCAACAAAGCCCUACGAAUCAAAAAAUUUUACACUUUCAUAGCUGUGUCGGCCACAAGGCACUGGGAACGAGUU